AUGUCGAAAAACAAAGUCAAGGUGCCGUUGAUCGAGUUCCUCAAGAACCGCAUCUACUUGGGGGCCUACGACUACGCCCCCGCCGAUACCCCCGACCUCUGCUACUUCACCGUCGAGGACCAGCUCCAGUACAACCCGUUCCAUCUCGAUUUCGGGCCCCUCAACAUUGGCAACUUGUACCGGUUCGCUGUGGCUCUCCAUAACAUCCUCAACGACGAUGCUAACCAGGGUAAAGCGGUGGUGUUCUACCUGUCGACGCUGCCGAAAGACCGCGCCAAUGCCGCGUGUUUGCUUUGCUGCUACAUGGUGCUUGUCCAGCUGUGGCUGCCUCACCAGGUGCUCCAGCCCAUCUGUCAAAUUGACCCUCCAUUUGCCCCAUUUCGUGAUGCUGGUUACUCCAACGCCGACUUCGAGAUUACGAUCCAGGAUAUCGUCUACGGGAUGUGGCGGGCUAAGGAACGGGGGAUGAUCGAUUUAACUACAUUCAACUUGGAAGAAUACGAACAGUACGAACGGGUAGACCAGGGGGACUUCAACGUCAUUUCUAAGGACUUCAUCGCGUUCGCCCUGCCUCAACAGUCACAGUCGAGACGCCUGACCCUGAGCCUGCCUCAACUUAACGAACCUUUCCGCAAAGUGCUUUCAUACUUUGUUGAUAAUAACGUCCAAUUAGUAGUGAGACUUAACUCCCACUUGUACGACCUGGCCGAGUUCACUAAACGCAACAUCCAGCAUAUCGAUAUGAUCUUUGAUGACGGCACGUGUCCGAUGUUGGAAUACGUGCAGAAAUUCAUCGGCGCUCUGGAGUGUGUGAUUCAAAACGGCGGCAAGAUUGCCGUCCACUGCAAGGCCGGCCUUGGCCGUACCGGGUGUCUCAUCGGCGCCCACUUAAUCUAUACCCAUGGUUUCACCGCCAACGAGUGCAUUGGCUACAUGCGGAUGCUUCGACCAGGGAUGGUGGUGGGUCCUCAACAACAUUGGCUCUACUUACAUCAACAACAGUUCCGUGAUUGGCGCUACACCAUGGUGCUUGACAACCGUGCCGACGACUUUAUUGGUGGACUCUACCCGUUAGUGCCUUACGACGAGUUCAAGCAACGGGUAAGAGCGGAACGUGCUCGCAAGCAAGCAGCUCAACAACAACAACAGGCGACGCUGCCGGUGAUGGACUCGCUGUUCCAGACGCCAAUUCGCCGGCGGAAGAUCCUGGGGGCCCUCGCCGCCAAGAUCCACACCGCGGUACCUAUGGAUCUGCCAGGGCAACCACGGAAGUACCGUCAAACUGGUGACGUCGUCAACAAUAGCGACGAUGAGCAAUACGAAGAGGAAUUGAUUGAAGAAGUAGAAGUCGUCACCGAAUCAGUGGAGCUGCUGCCACCGCCUCGCGACGUGUUGCGCACCAUCAGCCAAAACCAUCUGGGGGUGCCGCUGAAGAUCCCCGCGCUUUUACGUCUCCACGAGAGGCACCACCUCGCAAAUUGUCACCAGGCCACGAUCCAGGCCCGGAUCGCCAAGAACCACGCCCGAACCAGCCCCACCAUCUUGGUGAGCUUACCUGGAGGCUUUGCCUGUACAGCAGUACCAGCCGCUGCCGCCACCAGUUUUACCAGUUUUGCCAGCUUAGCCAGCUUGGCCAGCGUCGCCAGACGAAUCAGAGCUGCUCCCAGACGUACCAGACGCACCAGAGGCGCUCUCGCCAGCACCGCUGCCAGUCUGAUCAGAGCUGCUUUAACCAGCCUUACCAGCGGUGCUUUUGCCAGCACCGCCAUCAGCCGUACCAGGGGAGCGCGAGCCAGCGGCACCGCCAGCGCUGCAACCAGCCGCACCAGCGGGGCUCGAGACAGUGCUGCCACCAGGUGUACCAGCUUCACGUCGUCUUCAUCGUUAAUCACUGAUGCUGCUUCAAGUGCUGCUGGCGCCGAUGCCACCCGUUUGUUAGCCGGUGCUGCUAUCCACUUGCCAUUAAUCUCACUGCGAUAA